CUGGAUGCUCAGAGACAGUUUGUCACAGCUCUUAGGGAAAUUGGGUGUAUCGGCUUUUACCCAAUCUUAAUCCAUGAUUUUUGGAUACAACUCUAUGCAAUUCUAAGUCUGCAACAGGAGAAAAACCUCCGUGAUGUUGAGUGCUAUGACUACGAUGGUGAUGGUUCCCAUGAUCUCAUAGGAAGUUUUCAAACUACAAUGUCAAAACUGAAGGAAGCGUCUCGGUCCUCACCUGUUGAAUUUGAGUGCAUCAAUGAAAAGAAAAGACAGAAGAAAAAAAACUAUAAAAACUCUGGCAUUGUGAGCUUUAAGCACUGUGAGAUCAUAGUAGAAUGCACAUUCCUUGAUUACAUCAUGGGUGGGUGUCAGCUGAAUUUCACAGUGGGGAUAGAUUUUACAGGCUCCAAUGGAGACCCUCGCUCUCCAGACUCUCUGCAUUACCUCAGUCCUAAUGGAGUUAAUGAAUACCUAACAGCCAUUUGGUCUGUAGGAAUGGUCAUUCAGGAUUAUGAUACAGACAAGAUGUUUCCAGCCUUUGGAUUUGGUGCACAAAUUCCACCUUCUUUUCAGGUGUCACAUGAGUUCCCAUUAAAUUUUAACCCAGCAAACCCAUUCUGUAAUGGAAUCCAAGGCAUUGUUGAUGCAUAUCGGGCUUGUCUUCCUCAAGUGAAGUUACAUGGGCCAACAAAUUUUUCUCCGAUUAUAAAUCAUGUGGCAAGAUUUGCUGCUGCAGCUACACAACAGCAAACAGCAUCUCAAUACUUUAUACUUCUUAUCAUAACGGAUGGUGUGAUAACAGACCUUGACCAAACUAGAACUGCCAUAGUUAAUGCUUCGAAAUUGCCCAUGUCCAUUAUCAUUGUUGGUGUUGGAGGAGCAGACUUCGAUGCUAUGGAAUUUCUUGAUGGUGACAAUGGAGUUCUUAGGUCCUCGUCAGGAGAACCGGCUGUCAGAGACAUUGUCCAGUUUGUGCCGUUCAGGAAGUUCCAAAAUUCUCCAAGGGAAGCUCUGGCACAGUGUGUCCUGGCGGAAGUCCCUCAGCAGGUGGUGAACUACUUCAGUACCUACAGACUGCAGCCUCCCAAGAACCCUGCUGCAAAGUGAAUGGACUGAGCAGGGGAGCCUGGACUUUGUGCUUGCUUUACUCGCUGCAUCUGCAGACUGGUUCUCGAG